GUUGGUGAUGAGUGUUAUGACUACUAGUGGCCACUGGGAGGUCGCUGUUGCUCGUGUAACGUCGAAAAUGCGACAAAUACGUCCGGCAGCAAACUCGAGAAGAAGAACGAGCGGAUGGCAACAAUCGAAGAAAACGGACCGUCUCGUCGUGAACAACGUGACAUGUCCUCGGCAUCCCAGGCGAGGCAGAAACUCCAGGGCCUUUUGAACAAGAACAUGAGGAUCCGCAUGACUGACGGCCGGACCUUGGUUGGCCUUUUCCUUUGCACGGACCGGGACUGUAACAUAAUCCUCGGCUCGGCCCAGGAGUUCCUCAAAUCCAAAGAUACUUUUUCCCGGGGGGAACCCCGAGUUCUUGGCCUGGCCAUGAUACCGGGUCACCAUGUGGUGUCCAUCGAGGCCGAAGCGGACAUUCUGGACGACACGCAAGGCUUCGGAGUGAACCACUAGGGAAUGGACUAUGAAGAAUGGACUUUUGUUUUGAAAUGAAAUCUAAAUGAUUCGCAUUCUACAAGUCUCGGAGGAAGAAUUGUCAGGCAGUACAUCUUUUACGCUGCCCUGCAAUUGGGUGGCAACCAGUCCAGGGUGUACCCCACCACCACCAAGCCAUCUGGGAUUGGCUUCAACUGGCUCUUUAUAUACGACACAUACAUCAGUAAACCAUUUUUUUUCUUUUAAUGUAGUUGAGCUCGGCAUCAGAUUGACAACUGAAAAUGCAAGGACACAAACAAAACAAACUUAAUAAAUAACAGGCUCUCUCUCUUCCUUAAAUGA